AUGAUUGAAAAAUAUCGCUUAAUAAAACAAAAUGAAAAACAUGAAGAUGAAAAUAAUUCAAAUAUUUUAGAAAAUGAAAAAAAUACUAAUUCAGAUAAUAUAAUUAAUUUAGGUAAUAUUUUUGAUGGUGGUUAUUUAAAUAAUAUUUCUCCUUGUGAUCUCGUUGAAGUAAGAAAAUCUGAGUAUGGUGUUGUUGGUGUGGUAAUUCAAGGCGCUAUUUCAACAAGCGAUAAAAUUCAUGUUCUUCUUGAUAACAGAAAAGUUAUUUAUUGUAAACCGGGUGAUAUAUUAUUUUUAAUACCAUCAUUUUUAAAAAAUAUUUCUAGUGAAGAACUCUCAAAUUUAAAUAUAAAAAAUGGUUAUUUGUUCUCUGAUAAUAUGAUUUCUCGAAAUAUAAUACAAUCUCUUCGUGAUUUCAAAUUAAAGUCACAUUAUUUUUAUAAAGAUUUUUUAAUUAAAUCUGACAAUCUUUAUCAACGAUUACAUCAUCCAGACCCAGAUCAACAUACUUAUGUUGAUCUUAUGGAUCUUUGUCUUUCAGAGUAUGGAAUAUCAAAACCUAAUCCUACACAUUUAUACGCAUUACACACUUUAUUAGCGAAUGAUCCUUAUCAUUAUGUUAUGGAUUCCCGUAACCAUUUAUAUUUAAAUAAAUACGAAGUUCGUCCAAAGAAUGAAGUUGAAAUGAUAGAGACAGUUUCUCGUUGGAUUCGAAUUAAAUCAUCUGAAUUUAUACAUUUUACACAAAAAAUGACAGAAAUUAUUAAAGUAUAUCGUAAAAAAAAAAAAUCCAUUACACAAGCUACACAAAAUAUAAUACUUUUAGAAGAAUAUGUUUUUUCAGAAACAGAUUUACUAUUUAUUAAAUUUAUGAAACAGUAUUUUUUAGAAAAAAGACAAUUUCAGAACUCUAUAUAUCUUUCAUUUGUUCCGCAAAUUCUUAAAGCCACAGGGAUGUAUAGCAAUAUUUUAGAUAGGGAUAGUGCUUUGUUGUUUAUGCAAGAAAUUGGCGUUUGGGCGCCUUGGGAAAAUUAUAGUAGUUUUGAUCGAAGCCUUUCACUUCCUGGUUUCGGUACUUCUAAAGUUAUAGAUACAUUACUUGAGAAAAUGACAUAUAAAUCAAAUCUGUCACCAAACCAAUUACAAAAUUUUGAAUUACAAGAUAAUCUUGAAAACUUAAGAUAUGAUUUUGGUCAACUCCCGGUAUAUGUAAUGGAUGAUUCCGAAGCUACUGAAUUAGAUGAUGGAAUUUCAAUAGAAAAAAAAUCAAAUAAUGAGAUAUGGUUACAUAUUCAUAUAGCUGAUCCGGGUGCAUUUGUUUUACCGAAUUCUGAUAUUUCAAAUUUUGCUUCAAAAUUAGUUACAACGGUUUUUACUCCUGAAAAAAGAUACCAUAUGUUGCCACAUUCUUUAACUUCUUCUUCUUUUUGUUUAGGUUCGCCAUUAGAGAAACAUUCAGUUCUUACAUUUAGUGCAAAACUUGAUAAAAAUGGUGGUAUUUUAGACUUUAAAAUAUCACCUGCAUGGAUUUCAAAUAUCAAAAAAUUUUCUUAUGAUGAAGUAGAUAAUAAUGUUUUUAAUGUUUCAUUAAAAGAUAUAUCCUAUUGUUUUUCGACAGAAUUUCCUAAUAACUCAAUUGUUAAAUCAAAUAAACGGCAAAUGGAUCAAACAAAUUUUUUGGAUAAAAAGAAUUUAGAUGAUAUUUACAAAAUUUCAACACUUCGUUUACGAUAUAGAAUUUCAAAUGGUUUUUGGCAAUAUUCUACAACAUCUGCCAAUGUCAAAUUACAAUAUACAGGGUCUUACUUUACUUCCAUAACAAAUAAACCUCAAUUUUUUCAGAAUUAUCCAAAUAUUAAAAAUGUUGUAUUUGAUCUAUUGGACUCUCCAACACGAGUAAUGGUGGCUGAAAUGAUGAUUCUAGCAGGAGAAAUUGCUGCUAAGUAUUGUGUUGAAAAAAAGUUACCUGUUCCUUUUCGAUCUCAAAGUAUAAUUUUAAAACAUCAAUAUCUCAAUAAAUAUAAUAAAAUUCUUGAAAAAAGAAAUUUCGAAACAGGAAGAGUAAAUCUUGAAGAUGGAUUAAAGUUAGCUAAUUAUACAGGACCAACUAUAAUUUCAACAUCUCCAAAUUCUCACUCAUCAUUAGCUUUGAAUCAUUAUGUUCAAGCGACAUCACCCUUGAGACGUUAUUCUGAUUUAAUUACUCAUUGGCAAAUUCAAGCAUCUCUUAAAGGAAAAGAAAACAAAAAUUUACCAUUUUCUAAAGAGUAUUUAGAUUCUGUCUUACCAUUAUGGUAUUUUAAAGAAAAAACUUUAAAAAAUUUUGGAAAAAGCUCAACAAAAUUAUGGGUUUGUUUAUUAUUAUUAAAAAUAGGUUUAGAAACUCUUUCUCCUUUUCAUGCAUGGGUAUGGUCUAUACAAGAUAGAAAAUUAUUAGUAACUGGAAUAAUUAAAGAGCUUGGUAUCAAUUGUAAAAUUAGUAACAACAACGGUUAUUUUCAUAACAAUUUAGGGGAUUUAAUACAAAUAAAAAUUACACGAAUAGAUUUAGUAGAUCGAGUAAUUUAUGCAUGUCAAAUAUAA